AUGAGAUCGAUUUCAAGGGCAGCUUUGCGGCCAUACGUUUGCGCAUCCUGCCGACAUGGUAUUGGGGCUGGUCGACGGCGGUUUGCCUCAGCGAUUAGCCAAAAACCCGACAUCUACGAUGUAGUCUGUGUCGGGGGUGGCCCUGCGGGCCUCGGAUUGCUCGCCGCACUACGAGCGUCGCCGGUUACAUCAAAGCUAAGAGUCGCCCUCGUCGAAACCCAAGACCUCGAUAAGGCCCGCACAUGGAACCUCGACUCGAGCAAGUUCUCCAACCGAGUCAGCAGCUUGACACCCUCGACAAUUGAGUUUCUGCAAAAGAUUGAUGCGUGGAAGCAUCUAGAUAUUGAGAGGGUUCAAGAAUAUCAGGAAAUGCAGGUGUGGGACGGGGAAACCGGAUCGCGAAUAUCAUUUGAUUGGUCUUCGGAGACGCCCGCUUUUGAGGACCUGCGAACAGUCGCUACUAUGACUGAGAACUCAAAUCUGGUGCGCGGAUUGCUAGGCCGUAUUGCAGCCUCAGGCGAUGAGAAUGUUACCCUCUUCUCUAAUCAUACGGUUGCGUCCAUCGAGAAUGGAUCCGAUCAGACUGAUGGGCCCGACCUGUCAGCUUGGCCUAUCCUCUCAGUAAAGCCGACAGGUGCCAACGCAGAGACACAAGCGCCAUCACGAAUUGCUGCACGCCUUCUCGUUGGCGCAGACGGAAUAAACAGUCCAGUGCGAACUUUCGCCGAUAUCCCCACUCAGGGCUGGGAUUACAAUCGCCAUGGCAUAGUCGCAACUCUCUCGCUGGCAGACCUCCCGGCUCCAUUCAAUAAUGUUCACACUGCUUAUCAGCGCUUCUUGCCUGCUCUUGGCGGCCCGAUCGCCUUGCUCCCUCUCCCUAAUAACCACGCAACGCUGGUCUGGUCUACUAAACCUGAACAUGCCGCUUACCUCAAAUCUCUCCCUGUCCCUGCUUUUCUUGCUAUGGUCAAUGCCGCCUUCAGACUGAGCAUGACAGAUCUGUCAUACAUGAUUGGCAUGUCGGAAUCAUCAUCGGAGAUCUCUCACGAAGAUGAGCUUGAUUGGCGCGUCAAGCACACCGAACAACCAUCUCAUAUUCCCCCCAAGGCUAUUGGCGUGCAAGAAGGAACUGUUGCCUCGUUCCCACUUCGAUUCCGUCAUGCAGCACAAUACAUCUCUCCCCGUGUUGCUCUUGUCGGAGAUGCAGCUCAUGUUAUUCACCCCCUCGCUGGUCAGGGCUUGAAUCUUGGUCUGGCGGAUGUGGCCGCUCUAUCACGAACUAUUGAGUACGCUGUAAGCCACGGAAUGGAUAUCGGUGAUCUUCUUACUCUGGAGCGGUACUCGUCUGAGCGUUAUCUGCCCAAUGCUAAGAUUGGCGGCGCUUGCGAUCUACUUCAUAAAAUGUACACUGUUCCCGGGCAAGGGCCUAUCACCUGGGCUCGUAGUCUGGGACUAGAUGUCAUUGAUAAAUUGCCAUUUGUUAAGUCCUUCUUGAUGAAGAAUGCCGAAGGCUACUAG